AUGCGAAAGUUGGAAUGGGACGACAUGGGAGUGAAGACUGAUGGUCAGCAGCCACACCAUUUGCGUUUUGCUGAUGACAUCGUGCUGAUAACACCUAGCAUCAUCCAAGCGGAACGAAUGCUGACUGAAUUCGACGAAAUAUGUGGGUGCACCGGUCUUCAGCUCAACCUGGAAAGGACGAUGUUCACGCGCAACGGAUGGGUUUCGGACACCCCAUUCACGCUCUACGAAAUGAACAUAUCCUAA